GUUCCGGCUUCGGCCUCCGCCGCUGCCGCCGCUGGUACCGCCGCCGCCGCCGCCGCCGCCGCGGCUUGUUCCUCCUAAAAUGGCGCCGCUAGACCUGGACAAGUAUGUGGAGAUAGCGCGGCUGUGCAAGUACCUGCCAGAAAACGACCUGAAGCGGCUAUGUGACUAUGUUUGUGACCUCCUCUUGGAAGAGUCAAACGUUCAACCAGUAUCAACACCAGUGACAGUGUGUGGAGACAUACAUGGACAGUUUUAUGACCUUUGUGAACUAUUCAGAACUGGAGGUCAGGUUCCUGACACAAACUACAUAUUUAUGGGUGAUUUUGUAGACAGAGGUUACUACAGCUUGGAGACCUUCACUUACCUUCUAGCACUAAAGGCUAAAUGGCCUGAUCGUAUUACACUCUUGCGAGGAAAUCAUGAGAGUAGACAGAUAACACAGGUGUAUGGAUUUUAUGAUGAGUGCCAAACCAAAUAUGGAAAUGCUAAUGCCUGGAGAUACUGUACCAAAGUUUUCGACAUGCUCACAGUAGCAGCUUUAAUAGAUGAGCAGAUUUUGUGUGUUCAUGGUGGUUUAUCUCCUGAUAUCAAAACACUGGAUCAGAUUCGAACUAUUGAACGGAAUCAGGAAAUCCCUCAUAAAGGAGCAUUUUGUGACCUGGUCUGGUCGGACCCUGAGGAUGUGGAUACCUGGGCAAUCAGCCCCCGGGGAGCAGGUUGGCUUUUUGGAGCAAAAGUCACAAAUGAGUUUGUUCAUAUCAACAACCUAAAACUCAUCUGCAGAGCACAUCAACUAGUGCAUGAAGGCUAUAAAUUUAUGUUUGAUGAAAAGCUGGUAACAGUAUGGUCUGCUCCUAAUUACUGCUAUCGUUGUGGAAAUAUUGCUUCGAUCAUGGUCUUCAAAGAUGUAAAUACAAGAGAACCAAAGUUAUUCCGGGCAGUUCCAGAUUCAGAACGUGUUAUUCCUCCCAGAACGACGACGCCGUAUUUCCUUUGAGGCCUUCGCCCAUCCUGCUGACCCACUUCUCUGCCCUCUUCUUACCCUGACUCUCUUGUAUUACCCUCUGCAGUAUACUUUUUAUUGAGCACUUUGCUGCUGAAAUGCUGCCUCUUGCCUUUUUUUAAUUUUAAAUUAUCUGAGUUUAUUGUUUGUUAUGGUGUCUAUAGCAAUGUUUUUCUAUCAAUUUCUCCUCCAUCCCAUCCCCACCUUGGACUCAUUUGAGAAGACUUGAGAAAUGUCUUAAUACUCAUACUGCUGCAUGUAGCUCUUGCAUAUUUACUGGUCUGGGGAAACAGGAUGUGUUUCCAUUUUUAAAAAAGCCAAUUGAAAAUUACACCGAAAUCACCUUUUGUAUCAUUGAGCCUUUUGUUUUAAUUUGGUAAAUUUUAAGAAAUUUCAGCAGCAAAGUUGUUGUUCAGUGGGCACAAUGGACUACAGAUGCCUCGAGUUAUGUGCACCUGUCCCAGCUGUAAACUUCCGUUGUCCUUUGUUGGAUGAUAUUUUAAAUGGAUAUAAAAUAAAUUGGUCUAAAGGGCUGCCCUCCUUGUUGUGUUUUUAAAUUUUAGUUAAAAACUGCUACAGCGUAUGACUUUGUAUAUUAAAAUAAUUGUAAUGAUCUUUUUUCAAAUUCCUUGUAUUUUUUAAUAAAGUAAUCUUAAAUAAAAUCCAGAUAGGUUAAGUGUAAGAAAUUUUAAACAGCUUACAUUGUUAGCUUACCGUUCUUCUUUUUUCCUAAUUAGAAUUCUUGGCCCUAUGAUUUUUGAGUUUAAAACUUCAAUUGAAAUUAAGUAGUAUUUGUUUUAAAAAAAUCACUAAAGUGUGCCUAAAGAACGUAACUGCCAUAUUAAUGUUUUGGUUAUAUCCUCUAUAGUAAUAGAGAAACAUUUAAUACUUGUAAUGCUGAUGUGUUCAUUUAAUACCAGUUGAGUAGAAUGCGAUUGAUCCAGUUUACAAUCUAUCAUGAGUAUCAUUAAGUAAAAUCUAUGUACUUUUCAAUAGUAGUCAUUAUUCUCUUGCUGUAACACUUGACCUUAACUUUUAGAAAGUGUUCAUUUUUUAACUGCAACUGGAAAGGUUGAAAAGUCAGGUCUCUUGUAUUUGUAAACUGUAAUCUGAAACAGAUUAUUUGAAGCGUAGCAAGAAACAAAUUGUCCUUUUUUUGUAAAGGUCUGUGAUACCAUAUUUCGGCUUUGUGUGAUUUGAAUAUCCAAAGGGUUGUGAUGAUCAGUUCUUGAUAUGCAACUGUCCACUUUAAUAAGGACAAAUAUUCCAAUAUCUCUUAGGACUGUAGUCAUAAAUGAUGUUGGAAUGUACCAUUUUGUGAAAACGUGGUAUCCCUUUACUGCUAAUAAUUAAUUCUUGUCAUUCCAGGAAAUCCAUGUGAAGCCAGCCAAUUAAUAAAGCACUUUAGCAUCUGUUCAGGUGGUUUUGAAAACCAACGUUUCCCCUUCAGGAUAAAAACUUCCAGGUCACCUAAAAAUGCAAUAAAAAUCUUUAUAGUCUAAGCUUCUUGGCACAUAAUUUUUCAUCAGGGUUUCCUUUUAUUGAAUGAGCACAAUACUGUUUUGAUUUGAUUUUUUUCCCCCAACCACUCAGCUCCUUGUACAGUUUUUAAUUGUAUAGCUAUAUAAAGAAGUGGCUAAGACAUUUGCUGCACACACUUGAACUAAUGUUGGGCCAGUAACACUAGUGUGUUACUGCUCUGACUCCAGUGUAAUUCAGGUGGAAAGUUAUUUUUAUCUUACAGGGAUAUGUAGCUGUGUAUUUUACUAAUUGUGAAACACUGGAAAUAACGAUGCAGACAACUUGGUGUGGUCUUCGAACAGCUCUCUACAGUAUUUUUUUGCCCCCUGUUAACCACAACUUGUAUUUAAGUUCUUGCGUUCCACUGCUUUUAAGUUGUACCAAUAAAAUUGGUAAUCCUCAGCCUUCCCUUGCCAUUUGACACCCCUUCGCUGAAUUUGAUGUAGUUGUUUUCAUUAUCCCUGUAAUGUGACUUUUAUUUGUAGGUCAUGGCGUACUGCAUUUGUUUGUCACUAGUUGGGCAUGUGCCAAUAAUAUUCUGUCCAUUCCUGAUCUGCCAUUUCUGUUUUGCCUGGUAUCUCUUCAACCGAAUAAUGGCUUUUUGCAUGGAGAAAAUAGUUUUUACUGCUAGACAUGUAAAGGGAAGAAAGAGUGAAUGUCUUGGACUUUGUGAAGACUGAAAGGAAUAUUUGGACCCCUCUGAUAAAUAAGGGCUAUGUACCAUAUGGAGCAGUCAUGUGGUGGAAGAUACUUGCAGGUGGUAGAUUUGGAGGCAGGAGGGCCUGUUACUCCCUGUAUCUAGUCUGAAUGUAAAAAUCCCUUAUGUUGUAUUAAUGGGGGUAAGAACUAUUUUUAUUUGCCUAUGAUGAUAUACUUGGUUUCUAAAUAAAGUGUCCUAGGCUCUAGUGAGAA